UCGAGAAUGAUGAACAUAACUGCUUUCGCAACACUUCUUAGUAAUGUUGAUUUUUUUCUAUAUCGGCUACCAAACCAAUUCGAUUGCCACUUAUAGUUAUCAGCGUCGCGUUUUUAUGAUAGGCAAUGAGACGAAUAAUAUUGUUUCAUUAUGCGGUUUUGUUCUUUUGAUAAGGCAUAUUUAACAUGGUUAUGGUAUUAGUCUAGAAAAAACAAUCGACGCUGGUUGAAAAAAAUAUUUACAGUAUUUUUUUAACCAGCAACUGCAUAGGUACGUUUCUUUUGAUAGACAAAAAUAGACAAUGGAUUAUUCCCACCAUAUGGAAGGACAUGACACGAUGGAUCAUAGUACAAUGGACCACAGCUCAAUGGAUCACAGUAAUCACGAUAGGGGUUCUCAUGGUGGUGAAUCUAUGAGUAAUAUGCAUAUGAGCCAUAUGGAUGGUAUGAAUAUGUGGUUUCAAUUCUCCACUAAUGCAACUGUCCUAUUUCAAUCCUGGCAUUUUACUACCGUCGGAGGCCUUAUUGGUUCGAUGAUUGGAAUAUUUAUUAUGGCAGCCCUUUACGAAGGUCUCAAAUAUUAUAGGGAAUAUUUAUUUUGGAAGACGUACAACGCCCUACAGUAUAGGUCAGUUUCAUUACCUGAUAAAGGGGCAGUUUCAGACGAACCGCAGAUUGUGCAACCAGGAAUUUUGCCUAUUUCAAAAAGGUACUCAUAUGCAAAGCCUUCCAUGCUUAGUAAGAUCCACUUCUUCCAGACGUUCCUGCAUAUUGUUCAAAUGAUUUUAAGCUAUUUUUUAAUGUUGAUAUUUAUGACGUACAAUGUAUGGCUGUGCAUAGCGAUAGUGUUAGGAGCGGGAAUAGGCUAUUUCUUAUUCGGUUGGAAGAAAUCUGUUAUAGUUGACGUCACAGAACACUGUCACUAAUGCCUAAUAAAUACAAAUAUAGCUAGUGGACUUAGGAGAUAAGGCAGCGAAUAUCACUAUAUUUUUAAGACUACCUGGCGACGCAAGAUAUAUCUUAAUAGCUUUCAAUCGCUCAACGGUACAUAACAUUUAUGAAGAUGAAGAAGAUAUAUGAAGAAUUUUGACUGACCUUUCCAUCACGUUGAACUCAAAAAACGGGUUCUGUUGAAUAUUUCGUGACGAAACAACUAAAUUGGAACCUAGAUAACGAAAAUUAUCCUGAUUUGGUAAAUAAAAUUCCUUCAAGCACAUACCUCAUACCUAUUGUAUAUGACAAUAUGACUUGAUUUAAUGUUGUUCAGUAAUUAAUUUAAGAUAAUAUCAUUUUUUUUGUCUGACGUAAUUCAAUUUUAGAAUAAUGUCAUAAAGUAUUAGUAGUUUAUUAAUAAGAUGCAAACGAAGUUGUGUCUGUUUUUAUAUUGUAGUUUUAUAUAGUUUUAUUUGGUUGUUAUUCCUACAUGACUCCUAAAAAAAUUGAAUACUUAUUUGGAUUAAAAAUGCCCUCGAAAUCUA